CAGUCAAGUCAUCGGGAGUUAAACCUUCCCUUAAACGGUUCAGAAAAAAAUUAAUUAGUCAUUAAACGGCGUUUUAACCAUGGUUAAUCUACCAAACUAAACCUUAACUCUAGUUCACCACCUUUAUAUGCUUACAGAAUCACAAAUUAUAUAGUAUUAAAAUUAACUGUCUACAACAUCCUGACCCUUUAACUUUGCCCAUAUAUUCGUUCUUUGCUGCACUACUUUUUGGCUCCUCUGCUUCGGCUUCUCUAUUCUCUGUUUUCUGGGUUUCUGUGUAGAUUUUUCUUACAGAGAUGCCAACUGAAAAUGAUCACGAUCAAUGUGACGAAAACAAUUCAGAACCAUUCGUUGAAAUUGAUCCUAGUGGACGGUAUGGUCGGUACAAUGAGCUACUUGGGUCAGGUGCUGUGAAAAAGGUGUAUAGAGCUUUUGAUCAAGAGGAAGGCAUCGAAGUGGCAUGGAACCAAGUGAGGCUACGUAACUUAAGCGAUGACCCUGCCAUGAUUGAGAGGCUUUAUUCGGAAGUUAGGCUUUUAAGAUCCUUAACAAACGAGAAUAUAAUUGCUUUGUACUUUGUUUGGAGGGACGAGGAAAGAGGUACCCUCAAUUUCAUCACCGAGGUUUGCACAAGUGGGAAUUUAAGACAGUAUAGGAUGAAACAUAAGCAUGUUUCAAUGAAAGCUUUGAAGAAAUGGUCCAAACAGAUCCUCAAAGGCUUGGAGUAUUUGCAUACGCAUGACCCUUGUGUUAUACACAGAGAUCUCAACUGCAGCAAUGUGUUUGUCAAUGGAAAUAUUGGACAGGUCAAAAUUGGUGACUUGGGAUUGGCUGCUAUAGUGGGAAAGAAUCAUUCAGCACAUUCUGUUCUAGGGACUCCAGAGUUUAUGGCACCUGAGCUUUAUGAUGAGAACUACACAGAAAUGGUUGACAUUUACUCAUUUGGGAUGUGUGUGCUAGAAAUGGUGACCUUGGAAAUUCCUUAUAGUGAAUGUGACAAUGUUGCCAAGAUAUACAGAAAGGUUUCCACAGGUGUUAGACCUUGUGCCUUAAGCAAGGUCAGAAACCCUGAAGUGAAGGCCUUCAUUGAAAAGUGCCUAGCUCAACCAAUGGCAAGGCCCUCUGCUGCUGACCUCCUCAAGGACCCUUUCUUUGAUGAAGUUGUUGAUGAUGAUGAUGAAAAUAAAAAUGAUGAGACUUCUUAUGCUUCAUGAAUAUGAUCUUGUACAAGUGGCCAUGCUAAUAUUAGGUCUUGGUCAAGAUUAAUCAUACAAUUAAGAUGAAUGGUCAGAAUCGUGUACUACAGAUAGGGGUGCAAAUUACAGUGUUCUACUCGUUUUUGUUGAAUGAGAGAUGUAUCUCAAUUGUUUUUAUUUUUCCCUUCUCUCUGUAAGUAAAGGUUUAAACUUUAAACACCCAAUAUAUUAAUUGUUUAGCUAGGUGAAGAUUGAUUCUUUGUUGGAAUAGAAA